GCAAUGUUGUGCUUACAAAACAGCGAGAGAAAUUUAGAAAACUCGUUCGCAGCCCUCUGUAUCACAGUUUUGAAGUGUUCAACCAUGACCUUGUGUGUGUUGAACGUAAAAAGGCUAAAGUUGUUUUAAACCGCCCUCUUUUUGUAGGACAGGUGUGUCUUGACAUCAGCAAAAAAAUUAUGUAUGAUUUUUACUACAAUGUGUUGAAAGCACGUUACGGUGAAAAUAUCACGAUGUGUGCCGGAGAUACUGAUUCAUUAAUCGUAAAAAUUUAUACUGAAGAUGUUUACGCGGAUAUGAGUGAAAUGAGGGAGUUUUUUGACACUUCAGAUUAUCCUAAAAAUCAUCCUCUGUACAGUUUAGAAAAUAAGAAAGUUAUGGGUAAGUUCAAAGAUGAACUAAACUCUGAGCCCAUUCAGGCAUUUGUCGGCCUCAGGGCAAAAAUGUAUAGUUUUAAGACAGUUUCACAGCAGGAAAAGUCGGUGGGAAAGGGUAUUCCCCGUGAGGCUUUGAAGUCUCAACUUACUUUUGAAGAUUAUAAGAAAUGUAUCACCCAGUUUAAGGAGAAAAAUGUGACUUUCAAAAAAAUUGGUACAGACCGUAGGCAUAAUCUGUUUACAUCAUAUUGUAUUAAGAAAGGGCUCAGUUGUUAUGAUGAUAAGAGAUUUCUGGUCGACAAUUUUGUGACGUUGGCUCACGGACAUUACAAAAUUAAAUGUUUAAAUGAGGAAGAAAAAGAUGAUGAUAUGGAUUCUAGUAUUGAUGAAGAUUAUGAUGAAGGUGAGAGGAACCUUAGAGAGCUGGUUUUAUUGCAAGAAGAACUGUGCUUGUAAAUAGAUGUAAUAAAAAUAUUUGUAAAUAUGUAUACUAAAUUGAUUGCUAAUAACAAUAAAUAGAACUAUGUUAAAAUAUGUAUUUCCCUUCAUUACCCUCCUGACUUGUCAAAGUAGCCGGUGUGCCUCCAGGAGGUGCUGCGCUCUGUGGGCAGUGCAUAGAGUUCAGUUCAGCAGAUACCGAUACGACUCCCGAGAGCUGCUGCUAUCUGGUGUUAUAAUUUCAAACCCUGUCAGCGUGUGGCCGCGUGACAUGUGAUG